GCCGCCAUGGCGGAGCGGAGCCGCGGCGCUCGGCGGCGGCUGCUGCUGCUGCUGCUGCUCCUGGCCGGCUCCGCCGCCAGCCCCGCCGAGGAGGGCGGCGGGCGGCGGGAGGCGGGCGGCGGGGAGCACGGCGAGGAGGCGGCGCGGCACCACGACUCCUCGUACGGCACCUUCGCCAGCGAGUUCUACGACCUGCGCUACCUCUCCGAGGAGGGUUACCCUUUCCCUACUGCUCCUCCUGUGGACCCAUUCGCAAAAAUCAGGGUGGAUGACUGUGGAAAAACCAAGGGAUGCUUCAGGUAUGGUAAACCUGGAUGCAAUGCAGAGACUUGUGACUACUUCCUGAGUUACCGGAGAAUAGGAGCUGAUGUGGAAUUUGAGUUGAGUGCCGACACAGAUGGCUGGGUGGCAGUGGGAUUUUCCUCAGACAAGAAAAUGGGAGGAGAUGAUGUCAUGGCUUGUGUUCAUGAUGACAAUGGAAGAGUCCGAAUACAGCACUUCUAUAAUGUUGGUCAGUGGGCUAAAGAAAUCCAGAGAAAUCCUGCCAGAGAUGAGGAAGGGGUUUUUGAAAACAAUCGUGUAACGUGUCGAUUCAAGCGUCCUGUGUAUGUUCCCCGAGAAGAAACCAUCGUAGAUUUGCACUUGAGUUGGUACUACCUGUUUGCUUGGGGUCCAGCAAUCCAGGGUUCUAUAACUCGUCAUGACAUAGACUCUCCACCCGUGUCAGAGCGUGUUGUCAGUAUUUACAAGUACGAAGAUAUUUUCAUGCCUUCAGCUGCCUAUCAGACCUUCUCCUCUCCAUUCUGCUUGCUCCUCAUUGUUGCACUGACCUUCUAUUUAUUGAUGGGAACCCCAUGACCAAUGGAAAAUAGCAAGAAUUUGGCAGUGGAAGUUUCUCAGGAUGGACGGCUAUAUGGAUGGACAAUGCAUUUUUCUAUUGGAAUUUAUAUCACAUCACCAUCCUCAUCUAGCUGCUUUUGAACAUAGCUUCUCAGAAGAGUGAAAUAACCAUCUCCCUUGAGUGGCAGAGUGGUGACAAAUCAUUUAAGAAUAAUCAGUGAACACAUAGGAGAAUAUCUUCAGUGUUGUGAUUUUACUUGCUUAAGGAAAAUGAGACUUUUGUAAAAUCAAUGUGUGUGUGUAUGUCUGUUUGUGUGUUUGGGAGGGGUGCCUGUAUGUGUGUUUAGGUUAAUUUAGUGAUGGACAUCUUAUCAAAUAACAAAAUUGCCUUCCAAAUUGCUACAAAAAAGCAAAUUUGGGAAAAUACUGCAAUGCUGUUUGGUACUUCUAGAGCAGAGAGCACAACUCCAAGUGCAAUUUCUGAUCUCAAGGUCUGGAAACCAACACAGCAGUAUAAAACCUGCCCUUCAGUAGUGGACAGUUCUCCCUAUUUCGUUUUUUUUAAUAUUUAUGAAAGUGUACUUUACUGAAAGUAAACUUGCAUAUUCAAGCAUUAGCAUGAUUUUUUUUCAACAGAAAGAGGUGAUGAAUGUCUUUUUUGUGUUUCAAUAGCCUCUUUGAAAGAAAUGGCUACUUCUUUUAAAAGUGAGAUAUAAAGUAAUUUAAACAAGGGGAAGGGAGAAUACAGCAAUAUAAAUUCUCCAUACACAGGAAAACCAGGUGUAAAACGUGCAGAAUAUAAAAGUUCCCAACAAGCCAUAGGAUGUCCUCCUAAUAGAUUAAACCAAUUAUUCUCUUUUUAUGAAAAAAACAGCAAUUUUGCUGACAUGUAAAUAUAUUUUUAAGUAAUUGUGCAGUAGUAUGAAGUAAUCUCUUUUUCUGUGUUGUAUGCCACUAAAUCCUGUUCAUGUUAACGGUGACUGUGGGCAGCUGGUGUUACCUUACAAAGAAAUAUAAAUGAGAUUACUUGUAAGGAAAGGGAUUAAUAAGAACAGCAUUAUCUUUCGUUCAUCAAACCACUGCUAAAAUAUAGGUAAUGUGGAAAAAGAUGAGCUCAAAAGGAAAAAAAAUAGCUGUUUUUAUCACCAAUUGAUAGCAGAAGAGGAAGGCUAAGUAUUAGAGAGAUGAAAAGUGUCAAAAUGCAUUUAUGAGCCACAGAAUAUUAUAAAAACUUUGAGUGGAGAAUUUCUGUUGUUCACAUAAUAGGAAGUGUAUGACAUGUUUACAUGUAGCAGUCAAACGUGCUUAGUUAAGGUUACUCAUUCACUUUCCAACUUACACUAAAAUUCUACUUAAGUAGAAUUAAAAUCUAAAUAGUGCCAAAGUUUUAUCUCAUGUGGUACACUUGAGGACUCUCUAACAUAGAAUCUGGUAAAGUAUAUGUAAUGCAACUCCUUUUUAUUCUCAUUGCUGCAUGAAGUAUAAAAUGAUUAACUAGCUUUGCUGGGAUUGUGCCAUUAUUCACAGAUUGAUGUUUGUAGACUAAGUUUUUAUAGGCUCAGAAUUCUUCAAACCUAUGGUAAGGUCUAUGAAUUAGAUUGACUAUGAACUUAUCUUCAUAACAAUCACUUUAUCCCUAAUUCAAAAGAUUGAUUAAUAUUUUAUAUUUUCAUUGAUGUCUUUAAGGAUUUGUUCACUUAAAAUUACUGGACUAGAGUUCAGGAGAGGGAAGAGAAAUUCAGAAGUGAAUUUUUAAAGUGCAUACACUAGCUUUAUUUAGUAUAAAUUACUUCUCUCAGGUUGCUUAACUUACUGAUCAUCUGAUCAAGUAGAGAGCACCUAAUAAGGUCUGCUUUGGCCCACAACAGCUGUGUAAUUUAGCCUUAAGAUUGGCUGGAGCAGAUAAGCAGAAGCCUGGAUAAUGAGCUUUACAUUCAGCAAACAGGUGAAGUGAAGAAAUCAUUAGGGUAGAUUCUUUCUUCUUUGUGCUAAUUUGUAGGCAGCUGAGAUAUUGCAGCUCUUUCUCAGAGCUUGAGGGCUGCUUUAGUUUAUGGCUUGGUUUUUACUGUUUCAGCCAUUUACUUGAUUACCCACUAAAGGGCUAAUUUAAUAAUUUAAAGGUACUGAACUUGUACAGAAACCCAGUUUGGCUCCUCUUUUCUUCUUUAGUAGAGCUCUGGAUUUAGGAUGGCCUGGUUGGACCUGAGCACACAGGUAUGUUAUAGAUGAUAAUAAUAAUACCAAGGUAAAAUUGUGUGAUAACUCUCAGCUUGCUUUCUACAUGUAUGGAGUUAGAUGUGGUUAAAGUUCAGGAUUUGAAGCAAGAGCAAAAUAUUUUAUAUUAUUUUUUAUUCCUUUUACAGAUUACUUGUCAGUGUGCUGUGUUUUUGUCAUCAUAUUUUUUCUUGUUGAAGUGCUAGCAGAAAUGUGCACUUCUAAGAAAUCUUUCACUUAAGCUGCACAGUCUUAGUCUAAUUAGCCUAAUAAAGUGUUUCUAAUCAAAAGGGAGGAAAUAAAAGGCCACAGGAAGCAGCAAAACAAUCUAUUAUCUGGCAUUUAAAUGGAUGGUUGAGUUUAGCACUGAGUUUAUCUAAGAGUUCCCCAUCACAGUAGGAAAAUCAGGGCUGUGGAAUUCAAGUGAACAAACAAAAGAAGGUAUGAGUAUCUAGGAAUUGGUAGUUGGGAUGAAAUCUGAGGAGUAAAUGUUGUAAGGGAAACAUGAUAUGUAAGUUUGUAUGAUACUUGGUAAGUCUUAAGUGGUCAUAGUAACUUGUCGUGGAGAGUAUUUUGAUUUUCACAGUUUGUCUUGUUUUUCUUUUUAAUACUGAAAACCAGGAUUUUUUCCUGUUAGACAAAGUUACUAUAAAGUAACAGACUUCAAAGGAACUUUUAAUUGAUUAUGGCAAUUCAAAGAUUUUUUGUUUUAUUAUUUUUUCUAAUUGGCUGGUACCAACAUAAACUAGAAGAAAGUCCUGCUUUGGAAAAGGAGGCAGAUAUUUCUCUCUCCCAAUAAUUUUUUGUUUCUUUAGUGUGAUUACUACCAAACAACUGUUAAAGAACAAAUUUCCUAAGUGCUUUAAUUUGAAGAAUUCCUUGCUGCCGAGUGACUUAAUACAGAGGCCAUUGAAUUUAGAGAGGGCAUAUUUAGAAUAUGUUUUUAAAUUUGACUGUGUUUACUAAUUAGAUUUUUUUUAAAUAUUUUUUUCGUCAUUGUUGGUAUCAAAUAACUGGUUUAUUUUUAGGUAUAAGUGAGAUGCUAAUUGAUUUCCCCCUCAAUAAAAAAAAAUAAAAAAAGCACCUAGCUAAUUUGGUAAUGUCAUUGGAUAAUGGAUGAUGCUGUGUUCUAUUAUUAUAAGGGUAAUAUCCUGGUUUUGAAAGAGAACAUACUGACAGAAAAUUUGAACUCCCUCUGUGGCCUUCUUAUUUGUCUUGAUGGAUUUUUGCAGUACUUGGAUAGAAAAUAAACACUUGUAGCCUCCCUAAUCUGAAGACCCUCAUUUUGGAUUAAAUUAUGUUAAAGCUGUGUUUGGCACUGACUUUCCCAAUCUUUAGCAUAGGGAUUAGAGAAUGACUGGAGUAUGGGGUACACUAGCAUGGCACACAGGCAGUGGCCUUGAAGCUUGCUUGGGUCUCCAUAUCCUGGUCUGAAGAAAAAAAAAAAAAAAAAGCCCUGCAACUGCCUCUAUGUCGUAAAUUAUGUAGUAAAUAACUAGGCAGUUAUUUCUUAGUUACUGCUAUAACUAAUACAACUGCUAUAAGUUAAAGGAAGACACAGGUCAUCCUCUUUUUUUUUUUUUUUUUUUCAUACCUCCAAUGCAUCAGACAUUUAUAAAAAAAGAAAAUUAUUCCUGUUUUAGAGAGUGGACCCUUGGUCUGCAUCUGUCUGGUCUUUCAGGUCUUUUCUGGGUCUGUUGGAAGUUUGCACCCUCUGCUAUUCCAGAGGCAGAAUUAAAGUUUAUAUGCAAAUUAUGUAACUUUAAUAGCAUUUAAAUGGCAUUUUGUGACUGUGGUUUCAUUGGUUUGGCACACUGUUGUGUAGCAGGUGUACUCCCCCUCCACCCUCCUCUUCUUUUAACACCUCCAAAUAAUUUCCCCAAAAUAAAGUAUUUGCUAAUAGGCAUAACAAGAAGGAAAUAGGUAUUUCAGAGAAUUACAAAAGGUCUAAUACCAGUUAUUUUCAGAAGUAACUAUUGCAAGUAUUAGUGUUUUAUAUAAAAUAAUGACUUUGCAUAGCACCUUAGAUUUAUGAUAGAAUCAGAAAUACUUUUAAAUAUUACAGUGUUUCAGUGUUCAUGGAGCUGUGGAUGUGCAUAGCUUACAUGAAUUGGUAUGAUCCUAUUCAACCCCAUGUAAUGAAACUGGCAGAGCAGUUUGCUUGAAUGCUGCACAGUGAGGCAUUGGUGACUCCAAACAGUUUGGAACAGAAGAAUGGAGAGACUGGUGACAAGGAAGGGCUAAUGAUUUUGGCAUACUUUUUAUUUUUGUAUAAAUUUACAUAUGGUAGUGCCUAUCUGGCACUCUUUAUCCAAGCAAAUAUAACUUGAUGUAGGGUUAGGAAGGAAUAGAGCCUGACUCAAAAGAGAUUUUGGCUUUUAGGCAAGUCUCAGCUGUUUAAGGGCUGGUGUGCGCAUCAGGUCAGACCAUGCCACAAGAUAUCCUCUGCUGUCAAGCCCCAUGGUAAGAGCUGGAGGCUUGAUCUGGUCUUCAGAGGUACAAAAAGACCAACAAGACCCCAGAGGCAAUAGCAGCAGGGAGUACCUGCUCAGUUUGUAGAAUGGCCAGUGAGCAGCUACUCCCUGCUGGCUGCAGUCUGAAUAUCAAAAGAUGGGGCUUCAACAUUUUACAAGCUUUGUACAUUAGCUCCUCUAAUUAAAAUUUCAUUAUCAGUAGCAGUCUGUUUGGGCAGUUCUCCUUCAACCUGCCCAGGAUAGAGAUGGAUCCAACAGGAGAAUUUUAAAGAAAAUGUCUCGUUCCUGUGUACAAAAAUUAAUAAAAAUGAAAAUAAUUUUUUUAACCAUAUGCCAGCUUUUUACUUUUUUUUUCUUAUCUAGUUAUUUAUAUGCAGUUUGUAUGUCAAGGUAUCUGAUUUUUGCAAAUAUAUAGUAAGAUCUAGAUAAGCCUUCCUUUUCUAAAUAUUGUUAUUAAUAUGAAUUAAUCACUUUGGUAACUUUUUUUUCUAUUUUCACUGUAGGUUUGAUAAAAUUAUCUAUGCUUAAACAUGGUUAUUUAACUUGCCUAAUUUGGGCUCAGAGAGUGAGGCAAAAGCAGUGCAAUUCUGAAAUGUCAGAGAGGAUGUGUGCAGCUUAUGGAGUUGAUAGGUGUGAAAGUGCAGACUUAAAAGAUGUUAUUUGCUUUGAAAAUCUGUGUUAUGACUUGGCAAUAGCAAUGAAUCUGCUGUAAAGAAAGGGAUAGAUUUUUUUUUUCCUUUGGAUUACUAAGUAUUUUGAAUAGAACUCAUAGACUAUCUCAGGUUGGAAAGGAUCCAUAAGGAUCUUAGAGCCUAGCAAGCUGUGCUCCUCACAGGACUGCCUAAAACUAAUCCAUGUGACUCAGAGCAUCAUCUAGAUGCUCCUUGAACUUCCCAGUAGAGCCUGUUCCAGCAACUGGGCACCCUCUUAGAGAGCCUUUUCCUAAAAUCCCAUCUGAACUUCCCCUGACACGGUUCCAUAGUCAUUCACGACCGUUGCUUUCUCCCUCUUUCUGUGUUUCUUAGCUAAGUAGGAACAUUCUUCCAAACCAAUGUGAGGCUGGAAUAAGUGCAGGACUUCACAUCCUGUAUCUUAGAACAGCUGCUGCUCCACAUAGGUUCGUUCUGAUCUGCAAUGAGAGGCUAAUGAGGAAUGUCCUUACAAGAUGAACUUCUAUGUGGCAUUCUUAAGACGUUUUCUGUAAAGGUGUUGUACUCUUUAUAGACUAAAGCAUUUCAGAAGUACCAGUACUUUUCUGAGCUGUUUCUAAAUGGUUAUUAAAUUCAUAUUUGCAUUUUUGGAGAAGUAAUUGGAUUUUUCAGAAGUGCUGAACAGCUGCAAAUCUGUUAUGGCUCCAGUGCUUACUCAGGGAUGCAAACAUUUUAUGGUAACUCAUGAUUUAGCUUCAUAUCUCUCUCUUAGUUUUGAUGUCAUUCAGUUCAAUUUCCUUUGGUGGUAUUAAUAGAAAAUUAAAAUUAAAAAAUCACUUAGGUUUUGUGCCAAGGAAUAAAAAUAUUCCUGCUGAUUUUUCAAAAGAGUGGUCUGUAAGGUUUACAUAAUGAAAAGUAUUCUUCACAGAAUUUUUAUCUAGGCAGUGUGGUUUUGCUGAAGGUAUUUGAGUGUGCAUGUAAAUUGAGAAUUAUAUAAGAUUAUACAAGAGAGGCUUAAAACAAUAGGCUAAAUUCUGCCCUGGAGACAAGACAAAACACAGAACGUUACAUGUUCCCUGACUCCUAGCUGAUUUUGGGGAGACAGAAUGAUGAAGGAAAAAAAGUACAUAAACCUGAGAUAUUACAUACAUGGGGAUUAUGUUUGCAGCUCUUAUAUACACACCUUGUAUCACCUUCUUCAGUACAAAAAUCAGCCUCACAGUCUUAGACUUAUUACAGUGUUCUUUGCACUUUUUUCCUCCAAACAAGCUGAAACAAGCAUAAAUUCAAUAAGUCAAAAGAAUGUUGUCAUAUAAAGUAUUAGGGUAAUACAAAAGGAAGCACAGAUGCCACACUUAAACCUAGGAGGGAAAAAGAAUCUUGUUAUUUAACUCCAGAAUAUGGCUUCUGAAAUACAUGAUUGCUCACAUAGAAAGCAAUGGGUCCUUUUCCAGUUUUUUACCUUUGGUAUUAUGAAAUGAAUGAUAAAUAUUGAGAUAUAAAAAACGGCUGCAAUAGUAAUUUUAAAGCUGGAAUUAUCAUUUGAGUCUUGACAUAGAGAUUUAAAGACGAAAUUCCAAACCUAUUAACUCAUUAGAAAAAUGAAACAGUGGGACCUUGACAUUUAUGUUUGAUGUCCCCAGCCUUUAUGCAGAUAUAUUUUAUGAGCAUAUUGAGUUCUGUUUAGAUUAUAAAAGAUGUCUAGUGUGUCUUGGUAUUUCUGAUUUCUAUAUCCUGAGGUCUGGUUUGCUUUAACCUCUUUGCAAAUAAACAGGCUGUUGUGACUGUGUGAACUCUUGCCACUUGUUUCUUAUUACAUGAAGUGUAAUGGUUGAACCUGAAAUGUCAUCUCUACCUUUUGACUUUAUUCAGCGUUGUCAAGAGUAAUAUACAGAUAAAACAUGCAAAUAAGAAACUUGUAACUAUAGUGUUAAGUGGUGUUCUGCAUUCUCUAUGCCAGGCUUCAUUCUGUGUGCCAAUACCCAGCAGCCAUGUGAAGUCAAUGAGCAUUUGGUUGGAGGGAGUGCAGAAUGGAGGUUUUGUAGUCCAGAAGAAUUUGCCAAACUUCUUUGUAUUUGUGCUCUAGUCUUUUCAGAAAAAAUAACACUGAGUGAAUAGAUAAUGAAAUUACAGUGACCUACGGGACUACUUUACAAUCAGUGCAUGCCCUAAAGUAUUGCUUUGUAACAUCUGUUUUAUACUAAAUGUUGGUGUUCAAGUGAGCCUUGUUAGCUAUUUGACAGUGACAGACAAUGAUAUUUAUAAAACUGUUGCAAUAAAUGCCUUUUUAGUCUAAGAAAAUGUGUGGUAUGGCAUGUA